UCUUGUGUAGCAAUUUCUGAAAGAGUAAUUAAAUUGCGCAGUGUUUGGGUUAACUUACGGCUACGAGUAUAUUAGAUAUUUACAAUGUUAGUUGCGAGGUUAUUGGAACAAAUUAACAAGAAAUUGUUUCAUGUUCAGAAAAAGACAACGAGAGGUGUACAGUCCGCUAGAGAUGUAAUUUUAAGUGGCGGAAUUAUUAUUGUUAGUGGAAUACUCAUUGUUUGGUUAUCUGUAUUUCUUUAUACGGCAUUUUACUAUGCCUACGUACCGAGUAUAUCAUACGUACGACCUGUGCAUCUACAAUUCAAGUCAUGUAGCGAACAAAAAGGAAUUUGUAACUUUCCAUCAGCAUUUGUACAAUUAACAAACAAACAAGAGCUUUUAAUGGUUGGGCAGCCAUAUAAAGUCAAUUUGCAUUUAGAAAUGCCAGAAUCUCCAGCCAAUAAAGAGCUUGGUAUGUUCAUGGUUUGUGCUGAGUUACGCAGUAGAGAUGGUUCCCUCAUGGAACAUGCAUGUAGAUCUACCAUGCUACAUUAUCGUAGUACAUUAUUACAUGCACUUACAACUCUUACCUUUUCACCUAUGAUGAUUUUUGGUAGUACAGAAGAAAAGCAAAAUGUAGUCCUCGAAUUAUUCGGUAAUUUUGAAGAAGACCAAAAUCAUCCAGUGACAAUUGUUUAUAUUGAAAUACAAUCAAAACAUAUUGAAUUCUAUUCUGCAAAUAUUAUGAUAAAUGCACAUUUAUCUGGUCUUCGUUAUUUCAUGUUUUAUUGGCCAAUUUUAUCUGCUAUUGUUGGUAUUGGUACAAAUUUGUUUUUUUGAGAUACUGGAGAUGAUAAUUUUAGUUAUGAAGAAGAAAAAAAAAUUGAAGAAACACAGGAAUGCAAAAAAGAAGUAGGUACAGAAGAAGGAAAAACAUAUAAAGAUGCACAAGACCAAUCAUCAGAUUCAUCAUCGUUAGAAGAUUUGGUUGAAUCUGAAGAAGAAUCUCAUUCUCCUCAUAUUGAAUUGAUAAAGUAA